AUGACUGCUCUUUUGGAGGAUAUAUUCGACGUCAAGGAUGUUGAUAAGGACGGGAAGAGAUUUGACAAAGUUUCACGCAUUUUUGGCGAGAGCGAAUCAUUUAAGAUGGGAUUGAUUCUCGAUAUACACUCUCAAAUAUACCCUCUCAACAAGGGAGAGAAAUUUCGCCUUGUUUUGACGAAGUCACUGUUGAAUGAUGUGGGCAAUACUGCCGAUGAUGACGAUGACGACGAGGAUGCUGCAGAGGAGUUGGAUGGCCGGUUGGAUAAUAGUAAGAUGGCGGAAUUCGACUAUGUUUGCUAUGGAAAAAUUUAUCGCAUCGAGAGUCAAGAUGGUUCUGACGAUGCCAACAGGCUGGCCUGUUAUGUCUCCUUCGGUGGGCUUCUAAUGCAACUAACUGGAGAUGCGAGCAAUCUCCAGGGUUUCCGUGUUGGGAAGCACCUCUAUUUGAUGAUGAAGAAAUUAGCCUUUUGA